AUGGAAAACAGACGCGAGCUCGAGAACCAGCAACAAGACAGUGGGAAAGAGAAGAACACACCGUUUGUCAUAAGAAUACCAUCUUACGAGGAGGUGUCCGAGAGCUCUCAACCCAAAACGACGUCGCAGUCCCUCUUCACUCCUUCCCCCUCCUUCUCUCAGGCCUUCAAUUUCGUCAGGAACUCAGAGUUCUACGCAGCCCCGCCGCCAGCUCCACCGCCGUCGCAGCCAUCUGAAAGAGUUUCGCCUUCACCUUCUCACACACCCCCUCCAAGGCAAAUUGAGCAAUCGAAAGGCCCGUCUACUUCAAUUUCUUCGUCUGGGGGGAAUCGGAACGCCAUCCUGGUUAGCCAUAGACAGAAAGGGAACCCUUUACUGAAACAUAUAAGGAACGUGAGAUGGGCGUUUGCUGAUAUUGUUUGUGACUACCUGUUGGGCCAGAGCUCCUGUGCUCUUUAUUUGAGUCUUCGUUAUCAUCUCCUACAUCCAGAUUACUUGUAUUUUCGCAUAAGGGAACUGCAGAAGAACUUCAAGCUUCGUGUUGUAUUGUGCCAUGUUGAUGUGGAAGAUGUCGUUAAGCCUUUACUUGAAGUCACAAAAACAGCUCUACUCCAUGACUGCACUCUUUUAUGUGGUUGGAGCUUGGAAGAAUGUGGUCGAUACUUGGAGACUAUUAAAGUUUAUGAAAAUAAGCCAGCUGAUCUUAUCCAGGGCCAGAUGGAUAUGGACUACCUAUCACGGUUGAAUCAUGCACUCACGGCAGUACGUCAUGUUAACAAGACGGAUGUUGUUACUCUUGGUUCUACAUUUGGAUCACUUUCUAAUAUUAUGGAUGCAUCAAUGGAGGAUCUUGCUCGUUGCCCUGGCAUUGGAGAAAGAAAGGUAAAGCGCUUGUAUGACACAUUUCACGAGCCAUUUAAACGUACAGUUCCAAAUCCUGCACCUGCAGCUGGUGAAAACCCAAUUGACGAGUCAGUUGCUGGACUUGCGCCGGAAAGUGAAAGAAAUGAGGACGAAAAGGAAAUUCCGGAAGGGAGCAAAAAGCAAAAGAAAAAGACUGAAGUAAACAUAAAAUCCGCCCUUUCAGCUGCCUUCGCUAAAUACUCUGACCGGAUUGGUCACAAGAGACGUGCACCUGUUCCGGAUGAGAAAGGCGAUGAUUUUCAAUGA